CACAUGAACAUCUUAGAGCGUAUCCAUCCCUAUAGCACGCUAAACCGAUUUGCCGACAGUGCUGUAUUUUUAAUAAAAAUAUAGCAAUACUAUAAAAUAAUAAACAAUAAUAUCUAUAAACAUAGUAAAGGAUUGACAACCAGCAGUAGGUACUGCAAACUUCAUUGUACAGCAAAAGUAUUGUGGACUUAAACAAAAGUUCCGUAGGUAAAAUGGCUGGUGUGUUAUUCGAGGAUAUAUUCAACGUCAAGGACAUGGAUCCUGAGGGCAAAAAGUUCGAUCGUGUUUCCCGCCUGCACUGCGAGUCUGAAUCAUUUAAAAUGGACCUCAUACUGGAUAUAAAUUCAUGGCUCUAUCCCAUGGAAUUGGGAGACAAAUUCCGGUUGGUGCUGGCCACAACACUGCGCGAAGACGGUUGUCCCGACAGUGGCGAAUAUAAUCCUAUGGAGCAUGAAGGAACGCGGGCGGAUAGUUUUGAGUAUGUCAUGUACGGAAAGAUCUAUCGAAUUGAGGGCGACGAGGCGCAUAACGAGUCGUCACGGUUGUCGGCGUACGUUUCAUUUGGUGGCCUGUUAAUGCGUCUGCAAGGGGAUGCCAACAAUUUGCACGGAUUCGAAGUGGACCAGCACAUGUAUUUGCUAAUGAAGCGACUGGCGUUUUGAAUAUUGUAUAAUAAAUCACACAGUGUUUGUAAAUUAAA